UAAUCAUAUAUAUUUUAUCUCAUUAGUAAGUAAUUAAUGAAGGAAGUAAUCUCACAUGUGUGACGUAAUUUUGCCUAUCUUUAAUUCUAAGAUUAUUUUGGAAGGAUGUGGUUAUCGAAACCACAAGUUUUUCCUUAGAGUUAAGAACAACUGACGAAAAAAUAUAUUCAUUAUUUAGUUCGUUCGAGCGAAAGGAUUUGUACGGUUACGGUUCAAAUUGUGCACCUUUAUCGAUACUUUACAUAUGAUAUUUCAUUAUUUUAUUUCUUUGAUAAUAAUAUCAAUAAUAAUAAUAUCUAUGACAUAUCUAUGUAAUUAAAUAAAUAUUCUUUUUAUUACGUUUUUAAAAUCACAGAUAAUCAAUAUUGAAGAAGACUUUUAUUAAAUUCUAUCAAAAAUAAAAUGCCUUCACGUGGUUCAUAUCGAAUUGCAAAUCAAGAAGAGCAUAAAAUAGCGCAAAGAGAUCAAUCUUUUAAAAAUUGUAUUGCUACGCUGUUAGUGUUUUUUUUCUUAUUUAUAUUUAUUCUUAUUGCAAAUUUAACAUGGACAAAAUCUAACACUAAGGAUAAUGACAAAUAUUUCGCGGCACGCCAAAAUAACAAUGGAUCAGAAACAUUAAAAACUACAACUACAACUACAAUUAGAACCACCACAACGGACGCAUCAGUCGAUAUUAUUACAGAAACAAAUAUACCUAAUAACGAGCAGACAUCUCAUUAUUUUGAUCGUUAUUUCAAAAACAAAACAACAACACAAGAAGUUUUAGAAACAAAUACCUUUUUAACAACUUUGUCAGAUUCUAUAAGUACUCUGAAUAAUGAUACAAAAUCAACAGUUUCACAAGAUCAAAAUAAUACAAUUGUUACCAAAAUUCAGUCUACAGAACAGCCAAAUCGUUAUAGUGAUAUUACUGAUACAACCUUGUUUGAAAAUGAACAGAAUGAUAGUACUACAAUGACUCCAAAAAUAGUGAUAAAUAAUGAAACUGAAACUAAUGAUCUAUACUUUACUACUGUAUACUCUACUACUUUAACAGAGAAUGAACUUACUUCUAAUUAUUCUUCAUUUGAUCAAAUUAAUACUACGGAUAAUACAAACGGUAUUACAGAAGAACCAAAUAACAUGACAAGCACAGUUUCAAUGACCACUUUUCUUGAUUCAACUGUAUCUGCAUUUUCUACUGUAACAGAUAUUACUGAAAAUAAUGAUUCUUUCUUAACAAAUUUAACAACUACAACAGUUUAUAAACCUACCGAAUAUACAUCAAAAUUAACAGACUCUACACAAAGUACCAUUUUACAAAAUGAAACUACUUCCACAGAGAAAACACUAACAACAAAAGAAUUUGUAGAAACAACAACAAAUGCAUUUACAGCAUCAAACCUAGAAUCAAACGUUAUUAUUACAAAUGUCACUACAAAUAAUAAUAUAUGUGAUUCAGGACAUUGUAAACAAAUAGCUGCUAGAAUACUAUCUUAUAUGAAUCAUUCUGCUGAUCCAUGUGAGGAUUUUUAUGAAUAUGCUUGUGGUGGAAUGGUAGCAAAUCCACAAAUGAUAGACUUAGGUUUGGCAGAUAAGGCAUAUCACAGAAUAGCUAAACAAAUGUUAAAGGAUGAUAAUGGAGAAGCAGCAUCUUUAUUUGCAAAAUACUACAAUAGCUGUAUGCAAUAUGAAAAUAUAAAUAUAAAUGAAAGAAUAAUGAUAGCAAAUGAAACAAAUUUCUAUGCUAAACUAUUAAAAACAUAUAGUCCUUUAUUAUUUGACGUGGCUGUGGAUCUUGAUGAAAACAAGCCUGGCUAUUUUACUUUUAAAAUAGGACCUGUGCUUCAUCAAAAUCUAUUUGAUAAUAAGAACAUAGAUGAGUAUUGUUAUGCAAAAGAAACCGAUACACAAAAAGAAUUUGUUGAUCUUGAAAAACUUUAUGAAGACUAUUCAACAUGCGAGCAAAAUAAUACAAGAUUUAUCUAUCAUAUAAAGGAAGCUUUAAAGAUACUUGGAGUUUUUAAUGAUUCAGAAAAUAUAGAUCAAGAAGUGGUUCUGACAGGAAUUCAUAUUGAUAGUGAAAUAGUAAACAAUUUCUUUUCUGUAUUUCCACUUAAAAAUGAAAUUCGUAAAGCAUAUUUAAUGAAGAAAUAUACUGAAUUGUCAAUAGAUGAAUUAAAUAAUAUAACUACAUUUAUAAAUUGGUAUGAUCUUAUAAGCUCAUUAACUACAACUACUCAAGAACCACAUUCAAAAUUUCAAGUUUAUUUUGAUAAAGAAAUGAGAAAAGGUUUACAAAAUUUAGGAAUCUUUUGGAAAGAAAGACCAAAAGAAUUUCACAAUGCUGUUUUAGGUUUAUAUGCAUACAAACUUUAUCAAGACUUAAUAAUACCAAAACAUAAAGAUAUGGAACAACAUUGCCUCAAAGUUAGUAUAAAUCUAUUAAAACCUGAAGCUUCUAAUUUAUAUAUCUCUUCAUUAUCUGAUAAAGAGAUUACAUUUAUGAAUCAUACGAUAAAAAUACUCUUUGAUGAACUUAAAAAAACUCUACAAUUAAACAUAGAAAAAGAAAAUGGAUUAAUGAAUGAACGUCGAGCAUUACUGUCAAAGUUAAAUGAUCUUAAGCUUUCUGUGCCAGAAGUUUCAUAUUUUAAAUAUGAAGAAAAAGAUAAGUUGAAUUUAUCUGACAAUUACUUGGAAAACUCUUUAAAUUUAAUGAAAAGAUAUAGAUCAUCAAUGUAUUCUAUGGUAUCACCGGAUAUAAACCUUGGUAGACCAAAACAAAUUUGGACACACUAUGCUACACCUUUCCAAUCAGAAGGCAUUGCAAUUCAUAUUUUGAAUCUUAUUAUUAUACCUUUUGGUGCAAUAGAUUAUGGUGACAUGUUUAUGUCAAAUGACGAAAAUUCAUUAAAUUAUUUAACAUGGGCGACAAUUGGAAAUUUAAUAUCACGUCAGAUCUCUCAUCAUUUUGAUGCAAAUGGUUUGCACUAUUGGAAUCAAACUCGAGACAACAGUUAUUCUCAGUUAAGCACAGAUGUAAACUCAGUAUUUGAAGACUAUUUAACUUGUCACGAAGAAAAUUAUUCCAAAGAAGAAAAGAACAUCACACUGCCACAUACUUCUCAGACAAUAUCUUAUAAGAUUUCAGAAUUGACAUUAAAUGAACGUCUAUCCGAAAUCAUGGGACUUAGAUUAACAUAUGAUACUGUUACGAGAUUACAACUGUUUUCAAAUAGUUAUCUUCCAUGGCUAAAACCAAACAUAAAUCAAUCAUUCUACCUUACUUAUGCUCAGAUGUAUUGUACGAAAUCGUUAUUGACGACAUCUUAUAUCUCUCUCCAUGAAAACGAAGAAUUACCUAGCCGUAUCCGUGUCUUCAUUUCUGCAUCUAACAAUAACUUACUAGGCAAAGCAUGGAAUUGUUCUGAAGGAUCACAAAUUGUCCCCAGUGGUACUUGCGAAGUUUUUCCAUAUCUCACGUUAAAAGAUGUACAAAUCCUUUCAAAAUGAUUGUAACACAACAAGAAAAAAAGUGAUCUUUUAAAGUAUUCAUAAAAUAUGAAUAACGAUCUUUUGCAUUUAUUCUCAGGAACAAGAUUUGUUUUCAAAACAUUCAUUCAUACGAUCAUAAUAGUUAAAACGUACGUACGCACAUCCAAUCAUAUUUUGCUAAGCUUACAAAUUCAUUCGUACGCUUCUGAACGACUAGAAAGUUGCAUAGUUUAAUAAAUUAACCAUUAAUUUAGUUAAUUAUUACAAGGGACUGUCUUACUGUCCUUUUUUAUCAAUCGAUUCCACAGAUUUAAUGUGGUGUGCCAGGUCCCCUGAAACAGAAAAUAUAUUAUAACUAAAGUUCUUAAUUUUCAAAUAAAUUUGCAUUGCAUGAAUAGACAUGAUAAAUGUAUCAAAAUGACAUUAAUGACAAUUUUCUACUAAUUGUAUAUUAUAAUAUUUCACAGUUGAAAAAUAAAUUAGUUUGUCUCUUUAAUAUAAAUGUUAAAAAACGUAAAAAAAAAAGAAAUGUUAGGAAAGAAAUAUAACUUUCACAGAAUGUUUAGAAAAUCGCAAAUAUUUUGUAAAAUUUAUCUGCUGUCAACAUAUUAAAUCUAAUAAAUAGAAAUCAAACAUUUA